AUGAUGACUACUGUGAUGAAGGCGACUGCGCUGCGCCGUGAAGUGUGCGCCCUGUUGUCCCUCGCGCUGUUGUGCUGCUGCGCUUCCAUUUUCGUGACGGCUGCGGCUGCGACGGGGGCUGCUGUACAAUCAACUGAGUUUUAUUCCGGAGCGUCUGCCGUGAACGUGUCGGUGGAGAUCUCGUGUGCGGACAGUGAGAAUACGUUGCAAUGGCGCUUCCCUGGCCGGUCAGAAUGGAAUAAGUGUGUAAGCUCACUGGGUGCUCAUGGCUACACUGUUGUUGCGAGCAGUGGUGGAGGCUACACUGUAAGUGCAUCUGACGAAUACACUGUUGAUCAGAAGGACACUGUUGAUCAGGGGAGCGCUGUCGAAUACAGUCUGGGUACAUCAUAUGAUAUGAUUGAAGAUGUUGAGUUUCUUGCCUUUGAUACGAUAAGUGAGGAUCUCAGCCGUGUCAGUGAGUCACUGUGCCUCUCGGCCGAACAGAUGUACUUGACUGCAAAAUGUAAUAAAUCCUGCAAGUCCGCCGGAGCGGGUAAAACCGCGUUUACAAUGGAAUUUCCAACGACUAAAGAAAGUGGUGUGUACAAGAAGUGGCUGGAAAAGAAAACAGAAACUAAUGCUGCUGUGGGUAGCACCUCAGGCGUCUGUCAGUUAAAGACUUCUGUUGAAAGGGCACCUGAGGGCGUCAACAGUGGAACUCCAGUGGCCGCUGCAGCGGCGUCGGCAGCACAAGUGACAGGAGUGGAGGCACCCGCAGCGGGGCAGGCUGCAGGCAGUUCGAGUUCAGCUGCGAGUGGGGCCUCAUCAUCGGCACAGACUAUUGAGCAGGGGAUAUCCCCAGCGGACCCACAAGCCGGUAACACUUCGCAGCUGCCAACAGGCGAAGGGGUUGGCAGAACGGAUGCAUCCGGGACGACGCAAACACCCUCAGCCACUCCCGCCAGCGGCAAUGGUGAGUCCUCCGGUGCAGCCACGGCCGGUGCUGCCUCACAGUCCGGCAAACCGACAUAUACGAAGGAGGCCAACAACAGUGCCACCACUGGAGCGCAGGAUCCCGGCACGUCGGACAGCAGCGCCAUCGCCACUGCGUGGGUGCACACACCACUGCUGCUGCUGCUGACCGCCCUUGCAUGUGCCGCUGGGCAGCGGUGCGGAGCAGCCACACACGAAUGA